UCUACACUUUUUUUUCUCGAUCCCGAUCGGCGAUCGCCAUGGCAGACAUCCCAUCUCGCAGUGGCGCGCCAGAGCGGGAGAAGACCGUCGUCUUCCCUGAUUGGGUGAUGCUGGAUCGCACCGGCCUCGCAAAGUGCCACGACGACCAUGCCGCUGCCGCUGCGGCCGUAAGCAAGGACAUCACCGCCGUUGCAUUGGACACGACCACCGGCCACUCCUGCUACUUCUCCUUCACCCUCGUGGAUCCUCCAAGAGUCUCUUACCUCAAUCUCCACUGGCCGGAGCCCCUCGCCAAGUCAGUGUUCCCCGCCAAGCCUGUGUUCCCCACCCGUCCCUACGUCCUGGCAGCCGACAAAAACACCUUGCUCCUCAGCAUCGGCCCUCACUGCAAGCAAGAAUCGUCAGAUCUGUUCGUCUACACGGCCGGUUCUCCCUCCUCUGCGCUGCGUCUCCCUGCGUUCGUUAAUCCUGAUGUCUGCGGGAGCAGUUUGUGUACUUUCAGCCUAGGCAUCUUGCGGCUCGAGGACCGCUACAUCGUUUCCGACCUCAUUGUCCCCGCCAAAAGAAAGGUCAUCAGGCGCACCAACUGCAACUAUCCCAUAUGGGCCAAACUCCGCGUCUACUCACCCAAGACAGGAAACUGGAAGAUCAUCGAAAGGCCUAUCCCCCAGCUGCACGGCCAGAGCAAUGCCCAGUUCCCCAACCUCUGGUCAACCGACACCGUGCUCCCUUUCGACGGCCGUUUCCUGUGCUGGGUCGACUACUUCAGCGGUGUCCUGCUAGCUGACUUCUCCAGAAACCACUCAUCUGCGCUCCGCUACGUCCCUUUCCCUGGAAAAGAGUACCCUGAUAGGGUGCGGGUCGGAAGGCUCUGCCCGGGGAGAUUCCGAAGAGUGUCAGUCAGCAGAGGCGCGAUGCGGUUCGUCCACGUUGACAAUGAAUGGCAAGAGACUACCCAAAUUGACUAUGACUGGGAUUACGUUGAAGGACCCGAGAGAAAGGAAGAGCCACCUCGUCGUGGUUCCAAGAUCACCAUUUGGACUCUGAAUAUGGUGGAUGGUGGUGGUGACUUCAAGUUCGCGUGGGAGGUGCAUCGUGUUAUCAUCCUGGAUUCUCUUUGGGCGCAACCGAGUUACCAAGCUGAGCAUAUGCCUCAGCGUCUUCCAGAGUUCCCAUUAGUCAGUGUAGAUGACCCGGAUGUCCUGUGCUGCCUGGUAAGGGAGGAGACAUUUAUUGGCAAGGCAUGGAUGAUCAUGGUUGACAUGAAGUAUGCACAUCUGCUGACAUGGACUCCAUAUAUCAAUGAAAAAGUCUACUCUGCUAAGGGUACCCUUGUGGAUGAUCGCAGAAGCUUCUUUAAUGAUCAGCCCCUACUUCCUACCGUGUUCUCCAGAGGCCUUAAAAUGCCAGCAGUGCAGCCUGCAAAAAGAAGACGUCUGGUGAGGCCAGCAUUGCAGCACCCAAUACUACCAUUGUAGCUGCCGCAACCACAAUUACCAGUGCAGCAGCAGCCACCAAAUAUUACCAGGUAAAUGGAACUUAUUGAAUUAUAUUAGGCUGCUAGGAACACCUGCGGAGCUUUACACCGUCACAACCAUACCGAGCCUGUAUGACAAUGAUCCGAACUAUACACAGAAUGUAAAGCCUGGGUGUAGACUAGGUAAAAGCCUAGUCUUUCGAGUUUGUGAGCGUUUCCAUCAGAAGGAAGUCGUGGAAAGGUCAAAUCAAAAUGACUGAUUUUUUUGUUGCGCGUAA